CGGACAACACCCCCGUCCGGCCCUCCUCUGACGUAAACCGGGAGCAGUUCAACCCGCCACUGCUGUCUCCGCUGACAGGUCCGCCGAGCCGGUACAGAGAGAUAGGUGAAACCGCAGCACACCGGGAUCAUAAAACCGUCCUUUGAUACAAACGCUUAUUUAAUACGAUAUUUAACUCGACUAUGGUGGCUGUGUGAGAGGGAAAAGAUGGCACAGAAAGACACGCUACUGAAUCUCUUCGCCGGGGGAUGUAGUGGUACGGUGGGCGCCAUCGUGACCUGUCCCCUGGAGGUGUUGAAGACACGGUUGCAGUCCUCAGGCCUUGCUCUCAGACCUGUUUUUCAGGUCCAGCUUGGCACCCUUAGCGGCACUGGGGUUAUUCGCCCAGGGACUGUUACACCCGGGCUGCUACAGGUCCUACGAUCAAUUCUUGAAAAAGAGGGACCGAGAUCACUGUUCCGUGGUCUUGGGCCAAAUCUUGUUGGCGUUGCCCCGUCAAGAGCCAUUUACUUUGCAGCAUACUCGAAAUCUAAAGACAUGUUCAAUGGGCUGUUCGUCCCUAAUAGUGGACUGGUGCACAUGUCCUCUGCUGGUGUUGCAGCUUUCGUUACUAACUCCCUGAUGAACCCCAUCUGGAUGGUCAAGACGAGGAUGCAGCUGGAGAAAAAAGCCAAAGGAGAGAAGAAGAUGAACGCACUGCAGUGUUCCCGCUAUGUUUACAAAACAGAAGGUAUCCGGGGCUUCUACCGAGGCCUGACUGCCUCCUAUGCCGGCAUCUCGGAGACCAUGAUCUGCUUCCUGAUCUAUGAGACACUGAAGAAACACAUCGCCAAGAACCAAUACACCUCCCCGAACAAUGAGAAGGAGAAAGGAGCAUCGGUUUUCCUGAGUCUGAUGUUGGCAGCUGCUUUUUCAAAGGGCUGUGCUUCCUGCAUAGCUUAUCCUCAUGAGGUCAUUCGGACAAGACUGCGUGAAGAAGGCAGCAAGUACAAAUAUUUCUUCCAGACGGGGAGGUUGAUAGCGGUGGAGGAAGGCUAUGCAGCUUUUUAUAGAGGACUCAUUCCACAGCUCAUCAGACAAAUCCCUAACACGGCCAUCGUCCUCUCCACCUAUGAACUCAUUGUCCAUCUGCUGGGAGAGUCCAAAUGAAGAAAAUCCUUUUUGGUUGGGAUCUUCCUGCCAAACAAAGGAUGCCACACAAAGCCCAUGAUAUGCUUGGAAAGUGACUUUUGAAAACACAGCACAUGCAUGGGUUUAAUGUGGUGCUACAGAGACUUUUAUGGUGGAACUGAAGCAGGUUGUACUGUUAUCCAAAGAGCUAAACACAUUAUUUUAUUGAAAGCUUGUUAGGAGUUCAUCAAAAUAACUCAAGGAGUUUUGUGGUACUUAUUAAAACUCCAAACCUGUGAAAGAGGUCAUCUUUUUAGAGGACUAGUUUUAAGUUAAUUAAAUUAUUUUAUGUUUUGUUAUUUUAUGACUCUGUUUGUUUCAUUUUUAUCAGUGUAACAACACUCAUAACUGCGCAGGUUGACUCUCUUAGUUUAUGAACGAAGUAUUUCAGAUAAUAUGCUGGCAAUAGUGCUGUUUCUUGCAAUGUAAUGAGCAUGCACAUCAUUAAGAGAUUUUAGUUUCACAAAUACCAUGUGCUGGCUUUGAAGUUUGAUUUACAGAGAAAUGUAUCAUAUUUGAAUAUAUAUAUAUAUAUAUAUAUAUAUAUAUAUAAUUAUAUACAGCGGUAACUGUAUGUUUUUCUUUGUAGGAAAAAAGAUAGUCACCUUUUAAAAUAUGAGCGCAUGGAUGCUUAUUUGACCAAUGGAUCAAUAAAAUGCAUCACAAAACUUUAUCAUUUGGUGGUUGAUCGAAUGCUGAAGAAACUAUUCUGUUCAUACAACAAUCUACCUUAGAAGCAAUGAAAGCAGAAGGGCCGAGCACUGUUGCGCUUUAAAGAUGGCAACAUCACGAUACACAAGGGACUAGUUUGCUGGUUAUGUUUUGAAGUACAAAUACUCUUGAUUUCAUUUAAUGAGGGAUUACUACCUGGCAAAGGUUUGACUGAAAAAACAUUUAAAGUGUUUUUAGUUGGGUUCUCUUUAAGGGAUGUAUGUUUUCCUCCUUUUGGGAUUAUUCUGAUUUUAUCCAGCCUUAACCGUCCAGUCAAUGCUCUCCUUCACUCUGUACUUGAAACCUAUGGCAGUGUGUUUAUGCUGCGACUGAACAUCAAUCUUUUUUCUAAUAAUUUUCCUCCAUAUACUGAUCAUUGUUGAGAAUGUGUUACUGUUAUUUUCAGUAAUGCCUGCUUCACAUUCUCAGAUCUGGAGUGUCAUAUUAUAUAAAUGUUUUUACCCCCUUG